AUGGGAAUUUGCUGUAUAUUUUUUAUGAGUACUGGCGGACUCGUCUUAGGUGUUAUUUCUUGCACUGUUGGCUGUGCUCUUGGAUUUCUCCCUUUCACCCUCGUCAAAACACAGCGAAGGCUCUGGGGAGUCUUGUCCGUCAUCAGUUUAACUACCUUGAUGGUCCUACUCGUUGCUACCUUUGGGUAUGGACUUUGGCUGUUGCUGCAGAACCUGUGGGCACAGAGUGACAUGAAUACAGGCUACAGCAGCCCCUUGCUUGUUACUUGCCUUGACGCGUAUGUUCAAAAAGCAGGCCAGACCUAUCAAGCUUCUAUUCCAACCCCUCAAGACUCGAUGGAUUCUAAUGCUAUCAAAACACCCAGUGGACGGGUGUCAGAUGCCAAUGACCUGGUGGGAACUGACGGCGUAUCUUCCUCCACAACAACCGAGGCAACAACUACUCUCACGAGUACCCAGAUGCCUGAAGAGGAGAAGCGCACUAAUGGGCAGCCAGGUAAUUCCAGUACAGAAGCUGAAGAGGAAGCACCACACCAGAGCGCAGCAGAAACUCCUGAAAACAUUUCGGAGCCACAGGACGGUGAAGCGCAGACAACGCCGUCCGGAAACAUCAUGAAGUCGUUUAUUGAUGUAGCGAGAAAGAAAAUAGAAAGCGUUUUUCAAGGUGAACAAUCUCCCUUCUACCCAACUCUUCUACGCCAGUCGUGGACUGGUAUGGAAAACAUUUUGGUCACCUCAAGUGAUCUGGAGUGCGUGCACGGGAUGGCAACAUCGACAGAAGCUUUGGUAACGGCUGAAAACUUCUUUCGAACUUCCGUCGAUUGGGGUUUAUUCUGUGGGUUCACACAAUAUACCUUUUCCGUGGUUCGCAAGUGGCCAAUGAGCUGUACAGACGACUGUAACUUCGGAAAACUGCAUUUGAGCAAGUACCGGUCGAAUGAAGACCAGGCCAAGGAACACGUUGAGGAAUUCAUAGAGGACCUGGAAGAAAUGACGCCGGAGCAAGUUCAAGGCUGCAUACUUCUGGCGACUGUGACAACCUGUAGAAUACAACAAAAGAAUCUUGACUCUAUAGCCAUCUCUGCGAUGUGCAUAUCGCUUAUAUUCGCGGUUCUCAUUUUUUUUGCUGCAGUAAAAUGCCUUGUAGACUGCAGCAAAUUUGUUGGGAAGCAUGACAAGGGAAGCCGUGGAGAAACUGUCCAGCUUGCCAAUAGACGUCGCUAA